UGUUUACAUUGAGUGAAUUUCGUUAACUCAAUUGUGUUUUGUUUUCUUUUGUUUCUCUAAUCAAUUAAAUUGAUUCUUUUUCUUGGUAAUUACCUUAUUUUCUAUUCAAUAUUGACCUUGAAAGGUCAAUUUAUCACCGCUCCUUCUCAGUUGAUCUUGAAGAGCGACCUCAACAUCCUCAUCGUUUCACUGAGAAAGGUAUGAUCACGGUAAACAUUGCAGUUGACAAUCAAUUAUCACCAUCAUCAGCAUCAUGUUCAUCAUGUUCUGGUGUUAAAUCAUCGUACCAUUGUGUUCAAGAUAAUUUGCGAUUUCGAAAAUUGUGUCCCAAUGAUUUGGAGACACUUAAACAUCUUUGUGAAGAUUGGUUUCCAAUUACCUAUCCAGUUGAAUGGUAUAAUGCUGUAAUUAAUGGUGAAUACUUUUAUCCCUGGGCUGCAACAAUUAAUGGUAAAAUUGUCGGUGUUAUUGUAGCAGAUAUUUGGUGCCGUUCAGAUUGUGACCAUUGUGACCGUGACAUCCUACCUGGAGCAAAAUUUCCAGAUGAUUCAAAAGUAGCUUACAUUUUAACCUUUGGUGUGGUUAAAGAGUAUCGUAGAUAUGGGAUUGGCUCUCGACUAUUAGACAAACUAAUCAACGAACUAACAACGAAUAUUGAUCUUAACGAUACAGCCAAAACUGUCAAAGCGGUUUAUCUUCAUGUUCUAUGUGAUAAUAAGACGGCCAUCACUUUCUAUAAAAGUAAAUCAUUUCGUAUUCAUCGUUACCUCCCUUGGUACUAUUGUAACUCAGCGGGUAAUGGAGAUGCUUAUUCUUAUGUGAGGUACAUCAAUGGUGCGACAACAUCUUGGAUCUACUCUUAUCCGUUUGCCCGAUGUCCAAUUGUCGGUAUUUAUCAAGCACUUGGUAAAUUACCUCAUCUCUUAUGGCGAGUCUUUCGAGUUCUCAAAAUCUAUCGGAUUUUUAUCUUUCGUGUCUCCGAAAAGAUGAACGAUAAACCUAAAGAAAUCACUGCUUAAUUGUUAUACAAUUUUUUCGUUAUUAUCUUUUGUUUCUCCCUCUCUAUAAGCUUCCAAUUAAUCUAUUAUUAUUCUAUUAACCAUUGAUUAACCUAAUCCACAUUCCUUAUGUGUGUCUAGUUAGAAUUUAAAACUGGAUUGGAUCAAUUUCAAUUUCCGUUUCCAAUGGGGAUAAACCAGGAAGCUCUCGUUACUUUGGCUCAUCAUCAUUCACCUUAAUCGGCUUGAAAACGAGGUUAAGAUUAUUCAUUGCUCAUAUUCUUGUUUACCAUUGAAAAUAACAUGCUCAUCAUUCAUCAUCCUCAUUCUCACAAUAUUCCGAUAAUUGUACCAAUAAUCAGUGUAAUCGAAAAAUUUUUCCAAUGGAACCAGAUAAAACAUAAAGUGCCUUCCAACCAAUGGACUGAAUCAAUUUCAUAUUCAAUCGGCACCCAAACAAUUAUAUUAAUAGUUCACCUGUAAUAUCAAUAGUCGAUUCACUUUUCCGUUAAUUAUUAAUCAAUCGAUCUUUGUGUUUACCAUCGAGACAAUUGUGACCUGAAUUUUGCUUUCUCGUUACAUUUUAAUGUAUUAUUAUUAUUCAUUUGAAUCUUCAAAGUUAACUUAAUUGCUUUCGUAAUUUAAAAUAAUCGAGAGUAAAAACUUUUAGAUUGUAAAUUAGUUUGUUUUUUUACCCAAAUCAGUUAACCGAUUUGAUUGCAAUCAACUCAUUUAAAAGAGGAAAUGAUUCAUGUUUCUAAUUAAAUAAAUUUAAAUUAACAUCAA